CCUCACGGGAGGGAGGGAGGAGUGGCCCUUAAACCGGAAGCGGAAAUAGCGCUUUCCGUCUCCAUGGCGGCGUGCGUAGCAAUGGAGGGAGUAAGAGAGGCUUGAGAAGAGCGUGGAUGUGCUUGGAGGUUCCCGAAGGGAUUGGAGGGAGGGAUGGCGGAGAAGUUCGACUCCUUAGAGGAGCACCUGGAGAAGUUUGUCGAGAACAUCCGGCAGUUAGGCAUCAUCGUCAGCGACUUCCAGCCCAGCAGCCAGGCGGGCCUCAACCAGAAAUUGAAUUUUAUGGUUACGGGUUUACAAGAUAUUGACAAGUGCCGGCAGCAACUUCAUGAAAUCAGCGUGCCUUUGGAAGUGUUUGAGUACAUAGAUCAGGGUCGCAAUCCCCAACUCUAUACUAAAGAAUGUUUGGAAAGAGCUCUAGCAAAAAAUGAACAAGUGAAAGGCAAAAUUGACACUAUGAAGAAAUUCAAAAGCCUAUUGAUUCAAGAGCUGUUCAAAGUGUUCCCAGAGGAUAUGGCCAAGUACAAAGCUAUUCGGGGUGAAGAUCCUUCUCCUUAAUUAUGUUGUUCAUUGUCCUCCUGAAUUCUCCUCCAGUCACUGUCAAUAGAUUGUAUAUAAAUUAUAGGAGAAUGAAGGUGUAGUAUGCAACAGAAGCACUAAUGUCAUUUUUCCUGCCUUAGAAGCUGAUUGUCAUGUGCAACAUCUGAAGCUAUUAUGGGAUCAUCAGCACUUUCAUUAAGAAGCCAAGCUUUUCCUUAAGGUGACUUUAGGCCCAAAUGUGAGCCAAAACAUGUGAUCUUUACUUUUUUGUAAAAUAUUGUUUGGAUUGGUAAACUUUUCUGCCUUAUACAAAAUAAGGUGGAGUCAGCGAGGUUACUGUGUCUCCAUCUAAUGUAGUUCAGCUUACAAAAUGGAAGAGUUCAAUAAAGAUGUCAUUGCUAUCUCACUUUGGGUACCUAAAACAUAGGAAUGUUCUUUUGUUAUACUUUGGUGAAAGUGGAUUCUGUGACUCUACAUAGGAAUAAAUCAGAGUAUUUGAAAUAUUGUACAUGGUCAGUGUAAAAUGCCUUCAAGAACAUUCUUUCUAACAUUCUCAGUUUCUUAUAAUUAAUGAAAAAAUUAUUUUCUGACAUUAGCAUUGUUUUUCAGUCUUAUUUGGUUAACUUGUACAAUAAAAACUUUAAAGUAUUAAA